GUGACCCACAAGUCCCGCCCCCCCCGCCGCAGCGGUUUCCGGUUCCGGUCGCCGGGGAUAGCGCCCUCCGACCCGGGGCGUUCGCGGGUCUCGCCGCGAUCGCACCGGUACCGGGUUGGGCGCCCUGCCGGCUCCUCCGUGAUGGUGCUGCCAUGGCAAACCAUCUCCGGUUUGUGGGCCGCACCGUCAUGGUCCAGAGCGGCAACGUGGAUGCAGCCUACGGGGCGCUCAGCAGGAUCCUGACGCAGGACGGGCUGGUGGAUGAGGUGCGGCGGCGCCGUUACUAUGAGAAGCCGUGCCGGCGGCGGCAGCGCUUGGCAUAUGAGGCGUGCCGACGGGUCUAUAAUGCCGAGAUGGGCCGGAAAAUCGCCUUCCUGUCACGGACCACCCGCGCAGACCCCUGGCUGGGCUGCUAGGGACCUGCCGUGGCCCUGCAAUAAAUGAUCGGCCUGUUAA